GGCUGGUGGAAGGAGCGUGGUCCGCCAUGGGGACUCAAGGGGCCGGGAGAAAGCGGUUGCCUAACCGGGAGCGCCUGACGGCGGAGGAUGAUGCCCUCAACCAGAUCGCCCGUGAGGCUGAAGCAAGACUCGCGGCGAAGCGAGCGGCGCGGGCAGAGGCACGGGAGAUCCGCAUGAAAGAGCUGGAGAGGCAGCAGAAAGAGAUCUAUCAAGUUCAGAAGAAAUAUUAUGGUCUGGAUACUAAAUGGGGAGACAUCGAGCAAUGGAUGGAAGACAGUGAGCGUUACUCCCGUAGAGCCCGAAGAAAUGCCUCGGCUUCGGAUGAAGAUGAGCACAUGUCAGUGGGUAGCCGUGGAAGCCUGAGGGAAGACAGUGAGCGUUACUCCCGUAGAGCCCGAAGAAAUGCCUCGGCUUCGGAUGAAGAUGAGCACAUGUCAGUGGGUAGCCGUGGAAGCCUGAGGUCUCAGUUGGAAUAUGCCAGCUCCUGCGCAGGGGCUGGAUUAGAGAAUGAGAGGACCAAAAAGAAGAACUACUCCAAAGCAACCAAUGGUUACGAGGAAGACGUGUAUGGAUCAUCCCAGAGUAGAAAAUCUAGCAGGGCUUCCUACUACUCGGAUCUGGGUCUUCACAACAGUGGCUAUGCUUCCACAUCUCAACCUUCUUCCCAAAAUGGAAACUGGCCCUCCUUGCUGUACAGCGAUGCCCUGCCAGCCAGAAGUUACAGGGCGUCUGUGUAUGAGGAGAGCGUUUACAGCGGGAGCCGUCGCUAUAGUGCCUCUAGUUCUCGUGCUCCUUCUGAAUACAGCUGCUACCUUGGUUCAGGAUCUCGGGCAUCUUCAAGAGCCAGCUCUGCUCGGGCCAGUCCAGUGAUUGAGGAAAGGCCAGAAAAAGACUUCGAGAAGGGAGCACGUACUGUUUCAAGUUUAUCAGCAGCCACUUUAGCUUCUCUGGGUGGGACUUCUUCCCGAAGAGGCAGUGGAGAUACAUCUAUCUCAGCUGAUACAGAGGCAUCUAUUAGAGAAAUUAAGGAUAUCUAUGAGUUAAAGGACCAGAUUCAGGAUGUAGAAGGCAAAUACAUGCAGGGACUGAAAGAAAUGAAGGACUCUCUAGCCGAAGUUGAAGAGAAAUAUAAAAAGGCUAUGGUGUCCAAUGCUCAACUAGACAAUGAAAAAACCAAUUUCAUGUACCAAGUAGAUACCCUAAAGGAUGCGCUCUUAGAGUUAGAAGAACAGCUGGCAGAAUCCAGGCGGCAAUAUGAAGAAAAAAGUAAAGAAUUUGAGAGGGAGAAGCAUGCUCAUAGCAUAUUGCAGUUUCAGUUCAUGGAAAUCAAAGAGGCUUUGAAGCAAAGAGAAGAAAUGCUUGCAGAAAUCCAACAGCUGCAAAAGAAACAGCAGAACUAUGUCAGGGAAAUUUCUGAUCUUCAGGAGACAAUAGAAUGGAAAGACAAAAAAAUAGGGGCAUUAGAGAGGCAGAAAGAUUUCUUUGAUUCCAUAAGGAGUGAGCGGGAUGACCUUAGAGAUGAAGUGGUUGUGCUGAAGGAGCAACUGAAGAAACAUGGAAUAAUCCCAGACUCUGACGUAGCCACCAACGGGGAGACAUCAGACAUUCUUGAUAAUGAAGGCCACUUGGAUUCUUCUAAAAAUGUUGCAGGCACAACUCAGGCAUUAAAGCCAGGAAGCGAGGCGAUGCUAGACAGGCUGAAAAAACUCAUUGAUGAACGAGAAUCCUUACUAGACCAGGUUAAAAAAUUAAAGGGACAACUGGAAGAAAAGCAAAAGAAUGGCAAGAUGGAAAAUGCACAGUCAGAAGAUGAAGUUCUAGAAAACGGGACAGAUAUGCACAUGAUUGACCUCCAAAGAGAUGCCAACAGACAGAUCAGUGAUCUCAAAUUUAAACUAGCAAAGUCUGAGCAAGAGAUAACAGCACUGGAGCAGAACGUAAUACGACUGGAAGGUCAGGUAGCCCGAUACAAAACUGCUGCUGAAAAUGCUGAGAGAGUAGAAGACGAACUGAAAGCAGAGAAACGCAAACUACAGAGAGAGUUGCGUUCAGCGUUGGAUAAAACAGAAGAGCUUGAAGUCAGCAACGGUCACCUAGUGAAACGCUUGGAGAAGAUGAAAGCCAACCGGAGUGCUUUACUGUCUCAGCAAUAACCGCCGCCUCCCGAUGGAAGCUCCGACUACUUGACAGAACCAGAACAACGUCGCAGAUGCUUCUGUCUCUUGCUGUCCCCGGGAUGCUUUGUGUCAUGCCUUCUGAGAACAGACAACCCCAACAUUUGCUACGUGCCACCCAGCUGUGGUUCUCUCUCCGCAGAUCCAAACCUACUGCACUAUAUCCCUAGGAGUAGCUGAUCCAAAUGGCUGUGCCCUGCGGGAGCCCUUCUACACCGUUCUUUGGGUACCUCUGAAGUAACAAUAUCCGCCUACCACGUAAGAAGCACAUCGGGCGUCGCGUUAAGUUCUCCAGCCAGAAGGCACAGCAGCCAUUUAUUGCCAUUUAAAAUGGUAUUCAAAGAAAACUCUUUAACUGGACUGGAAUUUUGUGUCUUGCUGAAAAUUUAAAACAAAGAAAGAAACAAAAAACACUGUAAGUUUUGGACUUUCUCAUGACAGUAUCUGUAAUUUAGUGACUCCGGUAGAGUUAUUCGUAGUAGGUUUUUUUCAUUUACAAAUCACUGUGGAACCACAAGCCAUUACAAAGCAAAACUCCUUCAGUGGAAACCAUGGAAUAAGAUGGUCUUGGAAGCAAAAGUGACCUUAAAUGACUUUGCCAAUAAAACAAAGGUGUUUGGAGGGAUUUUUGCACCAGCUGAAUCAUAAGACUAUUUUAUUUCAGGGUAAAUAGGCAAUAGCUUCAUUGAAUUUUCAACUUUUACUUGUAUUAUUUAAUCCUUGCUCUUGGAAUUGAAGUAAACUACUUUUAAAGGAUGUAAAGUUGCAUUAAUAAACCAGCAUAAGGCCGUGUUUUAAGAAAUGGUGGGUUUUGCACUUAGAUCACUCACUUUGGUGCAUUUGUCAAAGCAAGUGUCAUUUGCUUAAACAAAGUACGUAAUGGGUUUUUUACAUCAGAAACUAUCUACUGGUCCAUGAACUACUAGGAAACUAUGCCGCUACAAAAUGCAAAUCUAAUUUUUAAAGAAGUAACUGAUAAGUAAAGAAGCACUUUAGAACAUAUUCCUGCCUAUGGUUUUUCUACAAAUACAGAAGUAGCGAAUCGUUUCCUGCUGUGAGGUCACUGUAAAGGUUUUCCACUUUUCAUGAAAAAUAACCUAACCGAUAAAAAUGUCGCAGGUGGUUUGUUGUAUACACAGCUAGCACUACAGCUCUGGUUUCUUGGAAAGUGUUCUGAAUGUACUACUCAAAGGAGAACAGCAGUUACCUGAAGAAUAAAGCUGCCCUUCCCCCUUCAGCCCUAACAGAAAAGCUCGUGAGUAAGGCAGGCAACCAGCCCCUUAGGAACCUCCUCACGCCAUGAAACACCAUCUCCUGUUCCACAGGAGCAACCUUCUGUCCAUGCUGACUGCCUCAAUAGAUAUGGUUCUAUCAAGCCAAAUCCAGACCUGGAAGACCAUUCCUUCUUAACUUGGUCUUCAGCAUCUCCAGUCCCGGUCUUUCCCCAGCCUCUUCCUCGCAGACUGGAGUUUAAGAGCAUGAACCGCUGCUAUUUUCGACGUUAAGGGGAUCGCUGGUAUCUUCUUUAGAGCACCUUCACAAAUUAAAUUAACCAAAAAACAGUGUCUGAAUGUGUUUCUCUGGUUUGGCUAGAAAAUAACACCUCUCUCUUCAUCUCUUCUGAGUGCACUCAGAAAUUUAGGAACGAAGCACUGAAAUCAAUAUUCCAGGAAAAGGAUGAAGAAGGUUUUUCUUUUUUUUUUUUGUAUCCAUGGGGAAAAGCAUGAAGGUUUUCUUUUUUUUUUGUGCCCGUGGGGAAAUAAGUAUGUCCUUGUUGAUCAGAUGUGGUGGAACGUGGGGAUUAAACGAAUCAUUGAAAUGAAAUGUCCACUCCAGCUAGGGCUUUGGGUUCUUUUUCUGUUUUUUCGGUUUUUGAGAGGAACAUUCAGGUGCAGAGCCAGGUUUCUUGUGGAAUACCUCAAAAUCGCUGUGGAUACCAAUUUGCAAUUUUCUGUGGUUGACUUGUGUAAUUUCUGGUGUACAAAGCCUCUGGGGCCUAAGGAAUAAACUAAGAAUUUUUUUCAGAAUGCAAAGAAGUGUGCUAAAUACAACAUCUUCCUAACUGAUGACAAAGGUGUGUGUGAUUGCCACCGGGUCAUCUUUUUAUAUGUGGCAGGAGUGAAAACUGUCUCUCCCGGCAAGAGUCAUGAGAAACAACCCAGCAACUACCCAUUGGUCCAAAAGGCUAAAAAUAUUAACUUUGCUCAUCAAGAAGUGAUGUGUUUAUUAUUUCAAAGUAGAUUUGCAUCUUGCACCCCAUUAAGCAUUAACCUCAUGACGGAAAUCAGAUGUGUAUUUCGACCUGGAUAUGCUCUUAGUAGAAAUCUUUGUGUGUGAUUAAAGUAGCUGAAUGUUGAAGCCACGUUUCCUCCCUCCCCUCCCCGACCCAACUUUACCAGUAUGACUUAGCUUUAGAAUAAAGGAAGUACUGGGUGGCUUACUGCAAACUGUUUUUAUGUUUUCCUGUGAAGAAUGUACAACAACAGGGCUUGGAAUGGUGAUGCUAGCACAUGCCCCGUCCUUUUAAUUUGAGCUCCAAAUGGGAGAGAGCCUCGGUACCCGCUGAGGCAGAGUGGUGGUGGUACCAUGGCGAGGAACGGCUCCUGGUGGGGGAACCAGGACAAGAUUUCCUAGAAUUUGUAUUUAAAAUUGCUAUUGGUUUAUUUUUUAAGUGUUAAAUAAUUUUAUUGUUUGCAAAAUGGAAUGUUACCUGAAUUGUUUUGUUUAGUUUUGUUUUUUACAUCAAACCUGUUCGGAGGUACAAGCGUGGAAAAGGAAAUCCAUUAGCAGAACUCGCCAAUAAAAAUGUCACUUGUUGGGGUAGUUUUUAUGGAGUGGUCUGUCAUGAUGAUGUUACUGGUCGAAGUUCUCUUGGAAAAUACAGACUUUUUGGAUGAUAA